AUGUUGCAUCAUCGUCACUCACCGGAUCAUAGCCUAACUUUACCAGUUUCUGAAUAUAACUCAAAUAUCUCAGCCGAAAACGCAUCAAUUAAUGUUGCUUCUGCUGCCACUGCUGGGGUUUCUUUCUCUACUUCCUCCACCUCUGCUUCCGCAUCAGUAUCACCUGGUGCCAGUCCUGCCUCUUUGCCCACAUGUUCGCAGCACGAAGCUGAAGAGGCUGUGGUUAUGGCAAAUCCGACAAAUGUGUCACCACACAUGCUACAACACGUCAUGACUCCAACCACAGAUCUCGUAUGCCACUCCUUUCCAUCUUCCAUGACAGCGCACAGCGACAACACUUUCGUAACUGCAGCCAGUGCUAGUACUCUGAAUACUCUCUCAGCUAAUUGCCUUUCGCUUCCAUUUAGAGUUUCCUUUCCGGGCUCUCUUCGCCUGCCAGCGCAUCGCCUAUUUCUUGGCUCUCAUAUCGGCACCGGAGCUUCUGCGAUGGCCACUUCCACGAGUGGUCACAAUGUUGCCUCCGCCCUUUCUGCCAUAACCACAAGCCCUUCCCCUUGCAAAGAGGAAAUAUUGACGUUAGACAGUCUCUCAAUGGAACCACUCGAUUCCUUAGAGCACCAAUUAUGUGAGUAUUUUUCUUAG